AUGGAUACUCUCUUAACCGCUGAGAUUGCGGCCAACGCUCCUCGCUACCGCCGCAAAAGCUCAACCUUCAUCGAUGGCAUCCACGACAUUACCGAGGGCCAAGACCUGGCCCCGGCCCAACUCUACAGUACCAUGUCGGGUCGGCUCUUUCACUCUGGUCGUAUAGCCAUUGUCAUGGUUGGACCGCCCGCUCGUGGAAAGACGCACAUCUGCGUCUCCAUGGCGCGGUAUCUUGGAUGGCUUGGUGUCAAAACUCGCAUCUUUCAUCUUGGUGACUAUCGCCGGGCAACUGUCGGUCCUGAAGGAGAGAUCCCUGACGACUAUUUCUUCCCAAAUGCGUCGCCGGCUUCGGUUAUCCUGCGCCAGAAGAUCUUGAAGAAAUGCCGUGAAGACAUCUACGGCUGGUUGAACCAUGAUAACGGACAAGUGGCCAUUUAUGACGCUGUCAAUCCGACUGCCAACGGGCGACGUUCGCUUGCUAAGGAGUUUGCGAAGCAUGAUGUUCAGACCCUGUUCAUCGAGUCGUUCGUUGACGACGAACGCAUUCUUCGCGAGAAUGCUCGUAACGUCAAAAUCUCGUCCCCUGACUUUGCGGGCAUGGAUCCAGAUGAAGCUGCUAAGCUGUAUCUUCAGAGGAUCGAGAUGAAGAUACCCGUUUUUGAGACCAUGGAUGAGAAAGAACUCAACUAUGUCAAAAUGAUUAACGCCGGAACUAAGUUCUUCUACAACAAUGUCAGCUUCAACUAUCUCUCGCACCGAAUCGUCUUCUACCUCACCAACCUACACAUCAAGUCGCGCAAGACUUUCUUUGCCCGAGCUGGCACCACAGCAGAGGAAGAUUCGUACAAGGCCGACGCCCCCUUGUCACAGGAGGGGCGAGAGUAUGCUGAGAAGAUGUCCGAGGCACUCAUACGGCAUCGUGAACAAGAACGUCAGACGACCAUCGCCGAGGGGGGUGCGGAUGUGCCGCUGCCGCCCCUGACAGUCUGGACGUCAACGCGCAUGCGUACUGUUCAGACAUCAGAUGCCUUGAAGGAGAAGGGCUAUCGAGUCCGGCAGCGUUCCCAGCUCAGUCAGAUAAACCCUGGCGUCUGCGAGAAGAUGUCGGAGCGAAUGAUCCGCCAAAUCUAUCCCGAUGAAGUUGAGAAGCACGAACUGGACCCAUACCAUCACCGCUAUCCUCGUGCAGAGUCGUACCACGACCUCGCUGUCCGGUUGGAACCCAUCAUCCUGGAGCUGGAACGAGAGCAGCAUGAUCUUCUCAUCAUCGCACACGAAUCUGUGCUCCGGGUUCUAUACGCCUACCUGAUGCACUGCUCUACUAUGGAUAUCCCCAUGAUCAGGUUUCCCCGCGACGAGAUCAUCGAGAUCAUCCCGGCUGCGUACCAGAACGAGGCCAAGCGCAUCCACAUCCCCGGCCUAGACCCUCUCAUUGUGCCUGGCUCGCCACAGGACAUCAAGAUCCCUGUUCCGAGCAGCGGCUACGCGAGCGCGCAAUUGACACCGAUUCCCAGCGGUAUUGGCACCCCGGUUGAGCAUAGCGAGCGGCUGCCCGAGAAGGUCAUCAGCACGGUCAAGGACCUGGUCGCGGACAAGGUGAACGAUGAGGACUAG